AUGUCUUUAUUUGAAGGAAUGUCGAUUAAAUCUUCAGAUCAGAAAGGAAAAGGAAGAAAUUCAACACCUAAUAAGGUUAAUGAAAUAAAAGAAAUAAAAUUACAAAAAAAUAAUGAACUUUUAUAUGGAAAUAAUUUGAGAAUAAAGAAAGUUUGUACUAAUAUUUUUGAAGAAAAAAGUGAAGAUAUUUUAAAUUAUAGAGAAAAUGAGAAACGUCAUGAAAAAUAUAAUAAUUUAUAUGAACUCAAAAAAAAUAAUUCCAUUUAUGAUUUUGAAACUUUAUCUGAUUGUUCAAUUUAUGAAAAUAUAAAUAAUAAAAUAGAUGAAACAGACAUAUAUAAAAAUGUAAAUGGAAAUGAAAAAAAAAUCAACAAUAAUGAAAUGACACAACGUUAUGAUAAUUUAAAUGAAAUAAAAUCAAAUAAUUUUAACUAUAUAAAAAAUAAUGACAAUAAUUAUAAUUAUUUAGAAAAAAAAUACUGUGAAAAUAUGAAUAAUAAUGUAGGUAAGCAAGAUGAAAAUAAUUAUUUGAUAGAUAUACAAAAUAACUAUUCUUUAGUAGUUAAAAAAGACACAAAAGAUGAAUAUUUUUUCUUAAAAGAAACAAAUAUUCAAAAUAAAGAACAGCUUUAUAAUUAUAAAGAUCAAUUAAACUAUUUUUUAAAUAUUGUCCUAAACAUUUUUAAUGAUAUGAAAAAUGUUAACUUUAAUUUUUUAAAAAAUAUUUUUCAAAAAUUAUACGAAGAUAAUGUAAAUGAGAACAUACUAAUUAUUUUAUACUUUUAUAUUUAUCAUUCUUAUAUUUGUAAACAAAUAUACAAUUUAAAAGCCGAAUAUAAUUAUGAUAAAUUAAUUUACAAAUUAUUAUUAAACAUUCAUAAUAUAAGAAAAAAAAGAAAAAGAGAUAAAGAAAAAGAAAAAAUUCUUAUUAUAAACGAAAAAUUAGAUGUUGCAGAUAUAAUUCAAAAUAAAAUAUUGAAUUACAAUACUAUGUUAAUGAAAAUUGAAGAUUACAUUAUUCAUUUAUUUAAAAAAAAAAAAAACAUCUAUAAUAAUAGUUUACUUUUGAAAAUUUAUGUUUGCAAUAUGUUUAAAAUUAUUAUACGUAACAUUUAUUUGAAAAAAAAAAAAGAGAAUAAAAAUCAAAAAGAAUAUAUUGAAAAAAAAAGAAAAGAACUUCAUGAUGAAGAAUUGAAAAUUUUAGAAAAAGAAAAGAAAAUAAAUGAUGAAGAACAAAAUAUUAUAAAAAAAAAAGAAAAAAUAGAAGAAGAAAAUGAAAAUGUAAAUAAAUGCAUAAAUGAUGUUUCGUUGAAAUAUGACGAGCAGUUAAACACGCUUAAAGAUAAAAUAUGUACUAUCGAUGAUGAUAUAAAAGAAUUAGAAAAAAAAAUUGAAUUAAAAAAAAUUGAAAAAAUGGAAGCAUUAAAAAAAAGAGAUAAUUUAGAAAAUGAUAAGAAUAAAGAAUUAAAUAUAUUACUAUUAAGAAAAUCAGAAAUAAAUGCAAAUUUUAAUUUUCUAAAUAAUUCAAUAUGUAAUAUAAAUGAGAAAAAAAAACAAGUUGAUGAAGGAAAAGAAAAAAUGAAAAAUAUGUCACACCAUUUGAAAACUAUAUAUGAAAAUUUUUAUAAAAAAAAAGUUUUUACAAAUGUUUUAAUUAUAAAAUUACAAAAAAUUAUUCAAAUUUUAUAUGAGAACAAUUAUAUAGAAGAUGAUAAAAAUAGUUUUAUUAAUAUAUUUACUAAUGAAAAUACAAAUCCUCAAUUAAAUGAAGUAAAUAUAAAAGAUUUUGAAGAAGAAAAUAAUAUAAAUUAUGAAAAUGAAAUAAAAAAAAAAAUAGAAAUGGAAAAUUUAAAUGAUAUUAUAUCAGACAUUAAUAAUGUAUCUGAAAAAAAUUUCUUAUAUAGUUCAAGUAAGGAAGAAUCUGAAAAUAUUAAAAAUGAUAAUAUAAUGAAAAAUAAUAAAAUUGAAAAAAAGAAUAAUAUAAAUGAAUUUACAAUCAGAAAGUACAUGAGCACUUAUAAUUUAAGUAUAUCUAAUUCUUUAAAACAAAUAUUUUUUUUAAAAAAAAAAAGAUUGAAGUUAGAAAAAAAUAUUAACUUCAUAAAAGAAAAAAAAAAGAAAUUAAUGAUUGAUAUAAAUCAACAUAAUUGCGAAAUAGAUAAUAUAAAUAUUAGAAAAGAAAAUUUGAAAAAUAAAAAGAAAAUUUUACUUAAAAGCAAAAUGUUGAAUGAGAUAAAAAAUACCAUUAAUGAACUUAAUGAAUUAUUAGAAACAGAAAGUGUCUUUUUUAAUCAAUUAGAAAAUUUUAAAGUAGAUAUGAAUAAUAUGGAUAAAAAAUAUAUCAUUUUAAAAGAACAAAAAGAAAAAAUAAAGGAAAAACUUUUUAUUCUUGAAAAAAAGUUGUUAAAAAGUGAAAUAACAAAUGCUAAAUUUUAUUUGAGUAAAAUAAAUAAAAUUAAUUCUCAAAAAUUGAAUGAUAAAGAUUUAACAAAUGAAUGUAAUGAAUAUAAAAAGAAUGGAGGAAAAAAUGAAAAUAUAGAAAAAGAAAAAAUUGAGAGUGAACAAAUAAAAAAAAAAGAUGAACAAAAAAUGAUUGAACAAAAAAUGAUUGAACAAAAUAUAAUGGAGGAAGAACAAAAAGAGAAAAAAAAAGAAGAAAAUAUAGAAAAUAAAAAAGAGGAAAAUAUAGAAGAAAAAGAAGAAAAUAUAGAAAAAAAAAAAGAUAUUACAGGAGAAAGUGAAAAAGAAAAAGAAGAGAUAAAGGAUCAAGAAGAUUUUGUAUUCUCAGAAGAUUCUGAAGAAAACAUAUUAAAAAUAAAUUUCUCGAAAAUUAUAGAUGAAUUAAAAGAUAUAAGUUCACUUAAAGAAUAUGAUGAAUCAUACAACGAUAAUAAAAUUAAAAAUGAUGUAAGUGAAAGUUCAUUUCAUUGUAACUUUGAAGAUAGUUAUAAAAAAAAAAAAACCUUCAUAAAAUUAGAUAAAAAUGAAAGUAAUGAAAAUGAAAAAAAUAGAAAUGAGAAUAAUGAAAUUGAAAAUAGUGAAAUUGAAAAUAAUGAAAUUGAAAAUAAUGAAGUUGAAAAGAGUGAAAUUGAAAAUAGUGAAGUUGAAAACAGUGAAGUUGAAAAUAGUGAAAUUGAAAAGAGUGAAAUUGAAAAUAGUGAAGUUGAAAAUAGUGAAGUUGAAAAUAGUGAAAUUGAAAUGAGUGAAAUUGAAAAGAGUGAAAUUGAAAAGAGUGAAAUUGAAAAUAGUGAAAUUGAAAAUAGUGAAAUUGAAAAUAGUGAAAUUGAAAAUAAUAAAAUUGAAAAUAAUGAAAUAAUUAGUAGUGAAGUUGAGAAUAAAAAAAUAGAAAAAAAUGAAUCAGAAAUAUCUAUUUUAAUAAAAGAAAGUAGAAAAAAUAAGUUGAAAGAAAAUAGUCAUAAAAUUUUUAACAUUAAUGAAAACAAAGAUAUAAUACAAAAUGAAGAAUUUAAUAUAAAAAAUAAUGAAUUACAUGGUAAUAAUUAUUAUAAGGAAUUAUUUAAUACGUUAAAAAGACUAAAUAAAGAAGAAAAUGAAACAUUUGAGAACAUUUUAUAUAAAUACAAAACUUUUUAUGUAUUAAAUGAAGAUAUAGAUUAUAACAUUUUAGAAAAAGAAAUUCAAAAUUUUUAUAGUAAUAUGGUGGAAGAAGAGAGAAUUUUGAAAAUGAAAAGAUUAACCAUUUUGAAUAAAAAAAAAAAUGCAUUAAAAAAAUAUUAUUAUUAUGCUUCAGAUAAUAGUGAAGAUGAUGAGUUAAAUGUUUAA